UUUUCCAAUAUUUCUUGUCGCUGAUGCAUAUUUUUGGAGAGGAGGAGGUGCUCUCUAUUCCUUUUCAUGUUGUGGUUUUUAUGUUGACUGGUUGUCCAAUGUUAGCAUUUGUUUUAUGCCUUUCAACUUCUCUUUUUAUUCAUUAUGAAAUGGCUGUAUCAACACAUUGUGGAGUCCCAAAUUGGCUACCGUCACUCUCGGCCGUAGUAGCCUAUGCGCCCGAACGUUAUAUUUGGCGAUUUCUUCUUGGAAUCUCAUGCACGCCGCGUCUUGCAAUGUCCUUUGCUUUCAGAAACUACUUAAUCAGCUCUAGCCUUUGGCCUCUUCCGCUAUUAGGCAGAUUCCGUUGGGCUUGUCAUCUUGCUUGUGCACUCAAUGCGAGUUAUCGAGAUUGUGUCUCUUACUCUUCUUGCAAUGAUUUCGUCGUUUUACAUAUGCUUAUGUUUAAUGCAUUCGUUAUAUGUGGCACUUUACAUAUGGUGAUUGUUACUUGGCUUUUUGACCUAUCUGGUAGAAGACGUUCCAGCAAAAUUGGCGAAAUCUCGUUUCAAACCAAAGCAUUUUGUUGCAUUGGGCAAAUUAUCUCUUUGGUAUUUGCUCUCUACUUUUUUUAUAGACAUAAUCGUUACUGCGAACCUGGAAUGUAUACACUCUUUGCGUUGGCUGAAUAUUCACUGAUUUUGUUCAACGGACUUUUUCACACAACGAUUUAUUAUGAAUUUCAAUCAAGAGUACUAUCGCUUGUAACUGCUGCUUUGAAGGCGAAUUACUAUUUGUUACCUCCGCAUGAUUAUAGUGAGAAGCGUGGUUCUUAA